CCAUAGCCUGUGAAGAAUAAAACUGAUACGUUUGAUAUUACAGUAUUAUAAACACCAUUGAAUUGUGCUCUAUUCUCUGUUAGUACGCACCUUUCGUGCGUAAGUUUUUCACAAACAAAAAAGAGACUCACAUUCUUUCAAGAAAAACUUAAUUUUCGUGUACGAAGUACAUAUUUGAUUUAAUGUGAUUAUAAGUUGCGUGAAUUCUUGUUGAAUUAUACGUUUAUUGAUCCUAAUUAGUGAUAAUAAUACACGAAAGCUGUGAGCAAUUCGUUGCCAAAUGUUGCUAAACCACCCUAAACACUGUGUACCCAACAAUGUGAGGGAAUACUAUUGCGAUUUGUCAAAGAACCGAUAACCUAACAGUUAUUUGAAGGAUUGGGAAUAGUUUCACAUAACAUUUCAUAGAUGAAACCAUAAGAGAUUUUAACGUUUAAUAAUUUCGUUUAAUGACAUUGCUAUCGUAAAGAAUUAGUGCACGCAUUAUGGUGUAACCAGGUGUAACAUCACGAUUCGUAAUUAUGUCGCAUUGUUGCACGACAAGAAGAAAAAAAUAUUCAUAGUGAUUUACAAAAUAUCUGAAUUUUAUAUUUUUAUAUGGUGAAAAUGGCCCAUGCUCCAUUACCAAAGCUUAUCUGUGAACCAGUAAAUACACUUAAGAUGUGCCCCACGGAUUUUACUACGUCAACCGCUUUGUCCGAUGUAUUAAAAUCGGAUCCAGUGAAACGGCUGUUUAAUCAACCAAAUAUUGUUAUUAAGACGUUUCCUUUACAAAUAAAUACAACCUUUACCUCAGAUGAUAAUGUUGUCACAAACAAACUAAAUAAUUUAAAUACGAAUUUAAAUGAAUCAAAACAACCAGAAUUAUCUGUAAUUCCUUUACAGAUGGAUCAAGAAUCUGGUAAAGAAGAUGAGAAUCUCUUGCCUUCUAAAAGACAAGGUAAAUCAGAAGUUACAUUAGUACCUAUUAAAAGGGAAGAAAAACCUUGUGGUCACUACGAACCUUGUGAGAAUAUUGUUUGUGACGUGGCUGUACAACAGUAUGUGGAUCAUGAAGGAGUAUCGCCUAUGUUAGCUAUUAACAUAGAGGAAGAUGAAAUAAAUGCGCCUGUUUCAAAACAUUGCACAAACGACAAGUGUGAUGCAUUGAGCAUUGAUCAUGAUCGUUGUCGCAGAGCUGUAGUGAGACUGAAUAGGUGUAACGAAAUAAUGGCAUGUGACAUUUGUGGUAUUCCUUUAACGACGCAGAGAUCUCGCAUAUCCCAUAAAAGUUGUGUAAGGAGAAAUGAGUAUAGGCAUAAUGAAACUGACGGUGCUCAAAUACUAAAAGAAAAAAUGCGUGAAAGAGAAAUUCAAAUGAUAGAAGAUUCUAAAACGAAAAAGAACGAAUAUAUGGAUCCUAUUACAGGAAAUAACCUUGCAAUGGAAGCACUAAAGAAUAAUGAGGAAUUAAUUGUAAUUCCACAAUCUGUUCCUGCCCAGCAACCAGAAAUUUCUAUAAGUCUUGUACCUACAACUCAAUCUACUCUAGACACUGAUUCUGUAAAUAAUGUCCUAAGCAAAUGUUUACCUAAUAUACCAAUUGUAUUACAACAGCAAGGUAUAUUCUUUGGCAAAACACAGUGCUCUAAUGAAAAUAGUGCAACUACUCCAAUACAGGUAGCUUUGCCUAAUACUUUGAACAUACCACUUGUAACAACAACUGGUGCGGUUCCUUUAUCUCAGAAUCAAUAUAUUACAUUUGCAACGCAAAGUAAUAUACAACCAAUAGCAAUAAAUGAUUUGCUGUUGUCACAAUCACAAAUUAUGACAACACCAAUUCAACCUAAACCAUUGCUAACUCCUAUACGCGUUGUACCUAUAACUAAUUUAAUAACACAACCAUCGUUGUUGCAUCAAACACAAGGUAUACCAAAGUUUUGCAUCAUGGCAGAUAAUACGGUACCACCUCCGACACCACCUUCACCACCACCACCACCACCGCCGCCACCACCACCAACUGUAACAAGUCCACAGCCUAUUCAGCUCUCGCUAUCUGUGCCAAGCAUUGAUAUUUCAGAUGACAAUGAAAUAAAACCGCAAACAAGGAAGAAAAUAAUAAGAAAAAAGCACCAACAUAAAAACAAGAAUUUCAAAUGCAAUUAUUGUCUUAAAAGUUUUAGCACAGAUUGGUAUUUCAAAGUGCAUGUUGCUAAGCAUACAGGUGAGAAACAAUAUCCUUGUAAAAUAUGUACAAUGUCCUUUAUUAAUCGUUCUGAUAUGAAAGACCAUUUACUAAAAGAACAUAAAAUUGGGAAUACUCCGGAAAUGCAUAAUCAGCAUCAUAUUAAAGGCCAUAAGUGCCAAGACUGUAAUAUCAUAUAUGUAAAUAUUGAUCACUUAAAGCAUCAUAAGGAAAAAUGUCAUAGAAAAACAGAAUGCACAUUUUGUCAUAAUGAAAUUUUGAUAGACGAUUUAGAUAGGCAUAUAGAAUUAAUGCACAAACAUAUAAAGAAGGAAAAUACAGUGGAAGAAAAUGGUAAUAAUGAUAACAGUUCUGGUAAAAGAGCUAAACUAAAAGUUCCUUCAAAUACCACAAAAGAUGAUAAUAAAACAAAUGGAUAUUGUUAGGUACAUCAAAACUAUAUUGUAUUGUGAAACAUUCCAAUUUAGCCACUCAUUACAGUUGAAACAAACAAAAAAAGAGAAAAGAAUCAAAUUACAUAGAUCGAAAGUAUUUCUGUUGUAAAUAUUAAAUGAUUUAAUUAUAUUUUCAAAAAGAUGUUUAAACAUUAUAGCUAAUUAAGUGUUAAUUUUAUUUUAGUAUCAAAUUUUAUGUUAAACUCUUAAUACAAAUAUAAAAAGUAGGGAAAAGUAAAGAUGUUUCACAAAGUUCAAAAGAAAAUCAAUAUUUUUGAGGUAAAUAACACAGUAUAAAAAAUUAUGAACAGAACAAGUUAAAGUUAGGAAAAAUUAUGCUGUACGAGAAAUUUGAAACUGUGAUAUGUGGCCAUCUUUCCACUACAACAAUUCUGUUUUCAUAUAAUGUAAAAAUUCACCUUCUUAAUUACAUAUUCAAUGUAAUUAAUACAUACUAACAACCAUUUAAAUAUAACAUAUUUAUUUAUGUAUACAAGUAAAUAAUAGUACAUAUCUUGAAAUGCACAGGAAAAAAUUGUAAUAAAAGGCAUAUUCAUAUUUUAAGAUCAAGAAAUUUGUUAUUGAUAUUUAGAGUAUUUUGUAUGGAAAGAGGGUUUAAAUGCCAUUUUUUAAAUGUAAAUAUGUAUUAGUGACAUUGUGUUCCUUUUUUCUAGCUGAGUAUUCAUUCACAUAAAUUAAAAUUUUUUUAAAUCUUUACUAAUAUAAAUCGUGUAAUCAUGUGAAAAUGUUAAUAUUGCUAAAAAAUUCUUUUGGACAUCUUAAUUUUUAUGUUAUAGCCUUAAAUUAAAAUAUUUUAUUAGAUGUAGAAUUAUUUUACUAUAUGGUAGAACAAUGCCUAUUCCUAUAAGUAUUUGACUGUUCAAAAUAACGGUAAACCUGUAAAUACUUUUAUAUUAUUACUAUUGGAUAAAUCAAGUACUUAGAGUAUUAGAAUUGUACUAAAUACAUUAAUAGUAUGAAAAAAAGUUUGUAAUUGUACAUGGGUUAAAUACAUUGAAACUAAAAUAUUACUGAAUGUUAACAAAAGAGAAUAGAAACAGUACUUUCUGCAAAUACAAAGAGUUCCUUUUUGAUGAAGGAAACUAGGUGAAAUAUUGUGUGCCUUCUAAAUUUUAAUGUUCCUUAUAUAAAUACAUUUUUCCAUCACUUGGUAAAAAAAUAAAUGUUAAUUAUAAAAUGAAAUCGAUUCCAUCAAUUCGUUUUGCCAUCUUUAUUGACAAUAAAAAUUCACUUCUAAUGCAAUUAUGCAUUAAAUGAAUUAUUGAUGAAGACUAUGUAUGUGUGUAUUCAAUACUUGUAACAUUAUAUGUUAUAAUACAAUUGAAAUUGAAA